AUGGAUGAUCCUAAUCCUCCCAAACCAAUACUGCCCAAUUUAAAUCUUUCUCCUCCUGUUUCACCUGACCAAGAACUUCCUGUAGUACCUCAGUCAUCACAACCACCACCCCUAAAUAAUCCUCCACAGCCUAACUCUCCUCCUCCGCAGCAGCCGCCAAGCUUUCCACCACAGCCACAAUUAUCAGUCCAAGAUCCUCGACAGCAAUCACCGGAAGACUCGCGGCCAGACCGAGACGCUUCACCACCACCAAAAUACCCUCCAGCACAGCCCAACUCUCCGCAACAACCACAACCACCAAACUUCUCUCCUUGGCAAUCACCGACCAACUUACACUCUCCACCACAGCAGCCGCCAAGCUUUCCACCACAGCCACAAAUAUUAGUCCAAGAUCCUCAGCUGCAAUCACCGCAAGACCCAGAACCGGAUGCUACACCACAACAACCACCACCACCUCCAUCGUCACACUCUCCGACACAGCAGCCGCUGAACUUACCACCACAGCCUCAAAUAUUAGUCCAAGAUCCUCAGCUGCAAUCACCGCAAGAACCAUGGCCAGAGGAGCUACAACCUUCACCUCCACGUGAAUAUUUAAUCGAAACUGGCGGAAGAGUCUACACCGUCACCUUACCACACUCUCCGCGAAGUCACCUGCGGCCAGAUGAACUUUCUACACCGGAAACGUCAGACUCUCUACCGGGCUCUUCAGGCGCUCCAUCGGACACAGCAUCAGGAAAUACUUCCCCUCUUCCUCCCUCACAAUGA